GUAUUUAAUUCCAAUUUCUCCUCUCAAAUUGCGAUUGCGAGCACAUCAGAGCUCUUCGAUUUUCGUUCUUUAUUAAUUUUUUUGGGGGGUAGUUUUCUUCCCUGAUUAUUCUAAUGGCAACUCUCCUUCGAUCAUCUUCAAAUGCAUCCUCUGGAAUGGGUGUAGCUGACCACUGCAAGGACAUAUUCUUGGAGCUUCAAAGGAAGAAGGUGCAUCGAUAUGUGAUUUUCAAGAUAGAUGAGAAGCUAAAGGAGGUUAUAGUGGAGAAGACGGGAGGUGCUGCUGAGAGCUUUGAUGAUUUCAUGACUGCUCUACCUGAAAAUGAUUGCCGAUAUGCAAUCUAUGAUUUUGACUUUGUUACUGAAGAGAACUGCCAGAAAAGCAAGAUUUUCUUCAUUGCUUGGUCUCCGUCUGUGUCUCGCAUCCGAGCCAAGAUGCUGUAUGCUACUUCAAAGGAACGGUUCAGGCGAGAACUAGAUGGAGUUCAUUAUGAAAUCCAAGCAACUGAUCCAACUGAACUCGACAUCGAGGUUCUCAGAGACCGGGCACAUUGAAGAACCUAAGCUGUUGCCGAUUGCUGGUGGAAAAUGUUUCCCUCGUAUUUUACUCUGAGAAUAUUAUACAAACUAUUGUGGUGCUUGAAUAUAUAAAGAUAAAGUAUUGUAAGAAAAUGGAGUCUGCUAUGGAUGAGUGAUAAGACCAUUUUGUAAAUGUAGACGUAUCAAAUUUGCAAAAUGAGUGUGACCUUUAAGACA